UUGGUGUCUGUCUCUCUGGGUUCAUUCCGUCUCCGAGCGGCCGUGUUUCACAACCCAGGCUGAGUGAGUGAAGAUGUUCGCGGUCAGAGCGGCGUGGCGGCGCUGUGCGGUCCGGCAGGCCCUCACGGUCCGGUCCAGCCUGAAUGGAGCCGGUGAGAAACGCGUUGCUCCUCGGAGGCUCAUGUCGUCUGUCCCUGGCGGCACAGGCGAAAAUAUUCUGUAUGUAGUUCUGUGCGGUGGAGCUUUUGCUGGUGCCAUGGCAUAUGCCUACCAAACGGUGGCAUCAGACAGCACCCGCUUUUCUGACCGUAUGUCCGGGAUCCAGGCACGGCCCAAGGAUGACUGGAAGCCCAAACCUUGGCCACCCAAAAGCGAGGAGGAUGGCAAGGAAGAUGAUGCUGAGGAGGCAGAGGAAGCAGUUGAGGCUGUAGCAGAGGCUAAUGGAGAAGAGGCGGGACCUUUGGAGCUGGCUGCAGAAGUUAACGGAGAGGAGGCGGGCCCUGUGGAGACGGUCGCAGAGACGGUCGCAGAGACGGUCGCAGAGACGGUCGAGGUGGUUGUCGUGGAAGCAGUGGAAGAGGUGGCGGCUGUGGCUGAGGAGGCAGAGCAGGCGGAGGCUGCUGCAGAGGCACUGGAGGCUCCUGUGGUUGCUGCCCCUGCCCCAGAGGAGCCUGCAGCUGAGAGCAACGUGGCCCAAGAACAUGUAGAGAUAGCUGCUGCUUCUGUGAUGGAGAAGCCAUUGGUGGUUCCUGUAGAGGAGGAAAUUCCAGUGAUUGAAGCUAUAGCACCACUUGAGGCUGAGCCAGAAAAGCUUGCAGAAGGUCCAGCUUCACCAGUAGUUGAGGAGGCAUCAACAGACGCAACUCCAGCCAAUCCUAUAGUAGAGGUACCAGUUGUCCUGACAACAGAGGAAGCACCUGUUGCUGUAGUGACUGAAGAGGUAUCAGUUACCCCUACAACAGAGGAAGCUACAGUUGCCACAACACUAGAGGAAGUAAAUGUUGCCCCAGUUGCUGAUGAGGCACUGAUUGCCCCAGACACAGUGCAAGCACUUGUUGCCCCAGCAGUAGAAGAAGCACUGGUUACCCCAACAUCAGAGGAAUCUCCUGUUUCCCAAGAAGUAGAAGAGGCACCAGUUAUCCCAAUAGCAGAGGAUGUUCCUGUUGCACCAGUUACUCUAAUAACAGAGGAGGUUUCUGUUGCCCUAGUUGCUGAGGAGGUACCAGUUAUCCCAAUAGCAGAGGAGGUCUCUGUUGCCCCAGUUUUUCAAGAGGCACCAGUUACCCCAGUAACAGAGGAGGUUUCUGUUGCCCCAGUUGCUGAAGAGGCACCAGUUACCCCAAUAACAGAGGAGGCUUCAGUUGCUCCAGUUGCUCCAGUUGCUGAAGAGGCACCAAUUGCUCUAGUAGCAGAGGAUAUUCCUGUUGCCCUAGUGGCUGAAGAGGUACCAGUUAGCCCAGGAGCAGAGGAUGUCCUUGUUGCACCUGUUUUUGAAGAGGCACCAAUUACCCCAACAACAGAACUAGAGGCUGUGGUGGUUGCAGAGCAAGUAACAGAAAGUUCAGAGGGUGUUGUGGAAGCUCCAGAAGAAGUACCAGCAAGUCCAAUUGUGGAGGUAGCAACAAGUGAAACUGAGCCAGCAAUGGAAAGUCAGGUGGUUGCAGAGGCGACAACUGCCGUUGAGACAGUGGCAUCCCUUGCUGAUAUGGAAGACCCGGCUCCAGAAUCUAAGCGUGAAUACAUAGUAGUUGUGUUGGAGGGAGCCCCCAAAACUGAAAAGAAACCUAAGGUUCUUGGUGUGUCCCCCUUGACUGGCAGGAUCAUUCCAGCCCCUGAUAAUGAUGAGGAGCUAACAGGACAGGUAACAGAGCAGGCGCCGCCUGCUUAAGAUCCAGAUGUCCUGACUUGGGCCAAAAGGGUCAGUAAGUCAGAAGUCCCAUGUUAGUUAACCCUGAUGAAGAAUGAGGGAUGUGCCUUCCCCGCCUGUCUGUCUCCUAUCUGUCACUUUGAUCUCACCUUUCCUUUGGACCAUUGGAUUCAUUGGCAGUGAUAGAGCCCUGGCUGUGACUCCUGAACAAUGCUGGUUUAUCACACUAUUCAGAUUAUGUGAAAUCUCUAUUUACAUUUAACUUUUUUAGGCAUUACUGGAACUUGUUUACUUCAGUUGAACAUACACUGCUUAACAGUCUUCAAUUACUCAGUGGAAUACAGAUUUUCUAUCUAUAUAUUUAUUCUUUUAUACACUUAUGACAGACACAGAUAGGGGAACUGUCCAACUCCUGGAUAAUUUUUGGAAUAUCUGGAUGUCUUGAUAUUUACAAUGUGAAUAUUGUGAAGGAUCGGUUAUAUUUUACCCUAUUUAGUUAGCAGUUCUGUCAUUUCUAAUCCACUGCAUCAUGGAUGGAGCUGGUGAAAGAAUUGUUUACCCUACCUCACUCUGGUUGGCCAUUCACAUUGCCAUGAUAUCAGCUGCUAUGUCAUCAGGCCAAAGACGAAAUUUUCAAAAUUCAAACAGAGCCACUAAUUUUCAGCAGUUGAGAUGUAAACAAAAGUCAUUAGAGUGAAACAGUUAAUUGUAGAGAACUUACGGACUCAGGUAUCUUUACAGUGGUGGUGAUAGGAACCGGGGUAAAGAUUUCCAAAUUACAAAUCUAGCAAUUUCACAUAUUUCUAAGUCGCUUAUUCUUAUUACCAAAACCACUUGAAAACUCUCCUGAGUUUUUGUAUGCAAUACAUUUUCUUUGGGACUGUUUUGCCUUCAGUUUCCUGAUCAUAACUCUCCACCACUCAUUUUUGAAAAAUGUUUUAGGCCAAAACCAUCUCUCAUAACUAUCUUAAAACAGUGUCUGAGGCAUCAGGCAGCAAAUUCCAAAUUAUUUCUUGUAAUCAUUUUAUGUGAGAAAAUCUUUGAGGCAAUAAGCUCUUCAAACGUCUGGUUCCUAUCACCACCACUGUGAACCAUUCUGAUUGGAAGUUUCUCUAGAGCUAAGCAUUUUAUAUAUGACCAUUCUAAAUGACCAUUUUGUCCGAUUCUUAAUCAUUUGAUUAUGCAGAUGUUUGGAAAUAUUGGUGGAAUUCCACUUUCAAGUACUGUCAUGUUUACACACCAGUCAGAGAACUUUCCAGCCCAACUCUUGGCUGUUCCUUUCUCAGGCACCUUUUGAAACAAAAUUCACUAUUUUUUUAGUCUUCAGUAAAAGCCAAAAAUGUGCAGAUAUUUCAGGAGCCUUUUUUUACACUGAGACAUAAUCAUAUUAAAACACUCCAUUAUUGGCAUGUAUAAGAAAUACUGGCCAGUUCCUACACCUUUCUACCUCACCUUAACUCUAGCUGCUGUCCUUCACAGUAUUUCUCCUAGAAAAAGAGAAAAAAAAGUCUUCUUCCUUUCACACUCCAUGAUAACCAGCAGUGGGAUAGUUUAUCUGUGGAAGGUUGAAGAUGAGAGCUGCGCUUUUACUAUUAAGCUAUUCAUUAUUCACUACAUUUUCACAACCAGCGAAGUUUCUUCCAUUUCCAGCUCAGCUUGCAUCCGCUAAUGUUAAUAUCAAAUGUUUUACACUUCUCCGAGGACCAGAAUUCAGUGUUCCUUUACCUUUUUUAAACAUCCAUUCUGUUACUAGAGGUCUCUGACCUUAGGUCAGUCUGUUGAUUGUCCAUCUACAUGUGGCCACUACUUUUAGGAGAAGCUUCUUACACUUCAGCUGCGCAGUAUUAUCCUAGUAAGGGUACCAGUAAGAGUAAAGCUUGUGUCCAGUUAUUGUUUCAGAGGCUUGUAGUCGAGGUUUUUGCUUUCCUAAGUCAACUAAAGCUUUCUAAGCCUUCGCAAUUAAAAAUUUGUUAUAGUUCUUGCAUGUGGGUCAUCUAGUAUGUAGUUUUUGGGGUUUUUUUUUGUUCAAAGAAGGGGCUCUGAAUGUAAACUUGAAUAAUGUAGUGUGGGUCUAUUCAGUGUGUCUGUCUUUGAAACUUUCCUGUUAUGGUUUGACGGAUGUGUAGUGUAGAGUUCUGUGCUAUCCUGAGCCUGGCCACUGCUUGAAUGUAGGCAGAGUAUUGUGUGUUUUAAAUAAAAAGGGAAUCAAACUUC